CCGCCGUUCGCGUCCGCGCGCGUCGCUGUGCUGGCGAGUCGCGAUGUCGAACCCGUCCCCGCAGGCGAAGCCGGCGCACCCGGGCAACCCCCGCGUGUUCUUCGACGUGGACGUCGGGGGAGAGCGCGUUGGUCGAAUUGUAAUAGAGUUGUUUGCGGAUAUUGUUCCAAAGACUGCAGAAAAUUUUCGUGCGCUGUGUACAGGAGAGAAAGGCAUUGGAGCCACAACUGGGAAAGCUCUUCACUUUAAAGGAUGUCCUUUUCAUCGAAUUAUUAAGAAAUUUAUGAUUCAGGGUGGAGACUUCUCAAAUCAGAAUGGGACAGGCGGAGAAAGUAUUUAUGGUGAAAAAUUUGAAGAUGAAAAUUUUUAUUAUAAGCAUGACCGGGAGGGCUUGCUGAGCAUGGCAAACGCAGGCCCCAACACGAACGGCUCUCAGUUCUUCAUCACAACAGUGCCAACUCCUCAUCUGGAUGGGAAACAUGUGGUAUUUGGUCAAGUCAUUAAAGGACUAGGUGUGGCAAGGAUCCUUGAAAAUGUCGAGGUGAAUGGUGAGAAACCUGCCAAACUGUGCAUCAUUGCAGAAUGUGGGGAAUUGAAGGAGGGAGAUGACUGGGGAUUGUUCCCUAAGGAUGGCUCUGGUGACAGCCACCCAGAUUUUCCUGAGGAUGCAGACCUGGAUUUAAAAGAUGUAGAAAAGAUUGCAUCAAUAACUGAAGACCUCAAAAACAUUGGAAACACUUUUUUCAAGUCUCAGAACUGGGAGAUGGCUAUUAAAAAGUAUUCAAAGGUUUUAAGGUAUGUGGAGAGCUCAAAAGCUGUUUCUGACAAAGCAGAUGCAGGCAGACUGCAGCCUGUCGCCUUGAGCUGUAUGCUGAAUAUUGGUGCUUGUAAACUCAAGAUGUCAAACUGGCAAGGAGCAAUUGACAGUUGCUUGCAGGCUCUUGAAAUGGACCCAUCAAACACGAAAGCUCUGUACCGCAAAGCUCAGGGAUGGCAAGGAUUGAAAGACUACGAUCAAGCAUUGGCAGAUCUUAAGAAAGCUCAGGAGAUAGCCCCAGAAGAUAAAGCCAUCCAGGCAGAACUACUUAAAGUCAAGCAAAAGAUAAAGGCACAGAAAGAUAAAGAGAAGGCAGUGUAUGCAAAAAUGUUUGCUUAGUCAUUAAAUGUGAUCUCCAUGAAGACAGUGUGAAGCUGCUGUCUACACGUGACGUCUCCUUUAUACUUCCCUGUUGAUGGUUUACAGACACUGACAGGUUCCUUCAAUAAAGUGUCAAAUUAGUGAAA